AUGGAAAUUAUGGAAAAUUAUUACAGAUAUUUUAAAAAUCAUGCAUUUGGAUAUGAAAUACUUCUAAUUCGUAAACUAUUUUCAAACUCUUUAAUUUGCAUAUUAAUAUUACAAAAAAUAUGCAAUUCUAUUUCAUCAGAGUUAAUUUAUAGGAUUAGUAUGCAUUAUUCAAAUAAUAAUCAAAAAUUCUCAUUAUUGUCAGUCAUACUAUUAAUUUUUACUCCUGCAUCUGUAUUUUUUAAUUCAUUAUAUAAAAAAGCUUAUUUUACAUUUCUUGUAUUAUUAGCAAUAUAUUUAUAAAUAAAACAAAAACCUUAUUUGAAUUCAUUUAUUUUUACAUAAUCAAUUUAUCUAAGAUCUAAUGGUACGUUUUUCAUUCUUUUUCUGGUUAUCCUUUUCUAAUUAAGGUAAUCAAUUUACUUAAAUAUUACAAAUUCAAAUAAGUAUUUACAACCAUUAUAGGAGCAAUUCCUAUUGCUAUUAUUUACUUGA